AUGUCUUGCUCGUCGUCAUCAGGAUCGGAAGAGGAGGAUGAGGGAAUUGAUUCCUACAGAAAAGGAGGCUACCACGCCGUGAGACUCGGCGAUUCGUUCGCCGGUGGGCUAUACAUCGCCCAGCGAAAACUGGGCUGGGGCCAGUUCUCCACCGUCUGGCUCGCCUACGACACUCGAUCGUCCAGAUAUGUCGCUCUGAAGAUCCAGAAAAGUGCUCCACAAUUCGCUCAAGCUGCUACCCAUGAAAUUGAGGUCCUUUCAGCCAUUGCUGAGGGCGACCCCUCAAACUCUAAAUUUGUCGUGCGGUUAGUGGACCACUUUAAGCAUAGUGGCCCAAAUGGGCAGCAUCCAUGCAUGGUCCUGGAAUUUCUUGGUGAUAGCUUACUGAGUCUAAUCAAGUAUAAUCGGUACAAAGGCCUUGAAUUGAAUAGAGUUAGGGAGAUAUGCAAAUGCAUUUUGACUGGUCUGGAUUACCUACAUAGGGAACUUGGACUAAUACACACAGACCUUAAACCUGAAAAUAUCCUUCUAUAUUCCACCAUUAAUCCUACCAAAGAUCCUACUAGGUCUGGGAUGACCCCUAUUCUUGAAAGGCCGGAGGGGAACCCUAAUGGCGGAGCAACCAUAAAUUUUGUUGAGAAAAAAUUAAAGCAAAGGGCACGGAGAGCAGUUGCUAGAAUAUCCGAAAGACGAGCUUCUAUGGGAGGGUUUGGGGCGCCUCCAAAGCCUGCUAGGUGCUUGGAUGGAAUUGACUUGAGGUGUAAGGUUGUGGAUUUUGGAAAUGCGUGCUGGGCUGAUAAGCCAUUUGCUGAAGAAAUUCAAACACGACAAUACAGAGCUCCUGAAAUUGUACUCCAGUCUGGUUAUUCUUUUCCUGCAGAUAUGUGGUCAUUUGCUUGUACUGCCUUUGAGCUUGCCACUGGUGAGAUGAUGUUUACUCCCAAGAGUGGACAAGGCUUCAGUGAAGAUGAGGAUCACCUUGCUUUGAUGAUGGAGCACCUUGGAAAGAUGCCUCGGAAGAUUACCACAAACGGGGCUCGAUCCAAAGAUUACUUUGACAGAUAUGGGGACCUGAAGAGGAUUCGAAGGCUGAAGUACCGACCACUUGAUAGAUUUCUUGUUGAUAAAUUUAACUUUUCUGACACUGAUGCUUGCGAAUUUGCUAAGUUUCUUUGUCCCCUACUUGAUUUUGACCCUGAUAAACGACCUACUGCCCAGCAGUGCCUACAGCAUCCAUGGCUCAAUGUAGAAAAUCAGACCCAGGAUGAGGUAAAGAGUGAAUCCAGUGUUGAAAAGACGAAUGUUGAAAUGACCAACCUUCAAAUUAAGGUGGGCAAGUGA